CUCGGCCUGUCAAUCACUGCGAUCCCGGUUUAGGAGCGCUGGAUGGGCGGAGCUUCCGCUAGAGGACAUUUCCUCGUCGCUUUCGCCCAGGCGAGUGUCGAAGCAAAUUCGGGCCAGCUGAGCGUCGCGUCGCGUCAGGAUGAAAAGGUCGCCAAAGGUCGAGACCAGCUGAGAUGAAAGAGCCGUGGCGCGCCCGCAACAAAGGGACAACACGCCUGAAAUAAUUCCCAACAAACUGCUGCUCCCGCUACCGCGAUGAGUCUGGACAUGCUGUGCGACUCGGACGUCGGGCGAUUCUUUGCCGACAAUCUGCUCACCAACGAAGAUUGGGACGCGUGUUUGUAUCACUGCGACGGCGUGGAGGAUGACGACAAACAACUGGGCCUGGCCUCCGAGUAUGACACUUUGUUGGAGGACGAGCUGGCCCAGCCGCUGGAUGGCGAAGCCUCCUCGUGUCCAUGGCGAUGCAUGCCCGACGACCGGGCGGCAGGUGGCGUCAGCGCGCAAAGGAACGUCCAAAGCGUCGCGGCUGAGCCGAUGGAGCUUUUGUUGCAGGUGAAAGCCGAGCCGGCGUCUCCCGUGUGGUCGUCCGAGGCCGAGCGGUCGUCGGCGGCAGGGGCGGCUCCUCCUGAACCUGCGGUCCCCGUGAAAGGCGAGAACCCCCCGACGCCUCCCUACGCAUUUGGAGACGUGAUGUCCCCCCCGCCGGAUCCCGCCGAGCUCGCCGCGGCCACGACGGCCAUAUUGACGCCGGGCGUGGCGCCGCGGCUUCCCGCCCUGGUGACGUCCAUCCAAACGCAGGCGACAGUGAUUCCGGCGCUGAAGACGAGUACCCUGGCCGCCAAACCGCCCCUCCAGCCGCGCCCCUUGUGCCUGGCCGCCGUGCCCGUGGCCCGGACGCCGGCGCCCGCCAAGGCCCUGCUCCUGCGUGGCCUUCCCGCCAUGGAGCCGGCGCGACCCGUGGUGUGCCUGACGUCGGCCCCCGCCGUGGUCAAGAUGGAGCACGCCGUCUCGCCCGCCGCCACCAAACCCAUCGUCCCGAACGGCGCCACGUUGCCCGGCAACGGCCCCAACGACGUCGACAUGAAAGUUCUGAAGCGGCAGCAGAGGAUGAUCAAGAACCGCGAGUCCGCCUGUCAGUCGCGCAAGAAGAAGAAGGAGUACGUGCACAACUUGGAGCUCCAGCUGAAGGAGGCUCAGCAGGAGAACCAGCGACUCCGUCGCGAGAACCAGGAGCUCCGCCAAAGGCUGGAGGCUGGCCGGCAGGGCGGCGAGUCUCCCGGGGGUAAACGAGCCGUGUGCGUCAUGGCCGUCUUUCUCUUUGUGACCUUCAGCUUGGGACCGGUCAGCAUCUUGGACAGGAAGUUGACGGCGGGCUUCGGCGACGGCGCCAGAUCCUUGGAAGUCCCCGCCGGCGCCGCGCCGGACGAAGGCGGAGAGCUGGAAACGUUUGCGGCGGAAUCUUUACCUUUCAGAAACGCCAGUUCGGCCUUUGGCGCGGCCAAGGAGGAGAGCAACCUGCUGCGCCGCCUGGAAGGAUACUUUAGCCACGCCCACUGCCCGCAGUUCAACCGCUCGGAGUCGCUCAGGCUGGCGGCAGAGCUUCGUGGCUGGGCUCAGCGCCAUCAGAUCAACCACAAGAAGUCAGGCGGGAAAGCCAAGAAGGCCAAGAUGGCUCAGCGGGCCCAGCUGAGGAAGGCCAACGUGUCGCGAUACCUGCCCAUCCAGACUCACCGCUCCAUUGAAAGUCAGCUGCAGCUGCUUCCCGGGCCCGAGUUGACCUACGGCGACUUCCUGGACUCGAUCGACCGGCGCGAGGACACCUUCUACGUGGUGUCUUUCAGACGGGACCACCUCCUGCUGCCCGCUAUCAGUCACAACAAGACGCGCCGGCCCAAGAUGUCGCUCGUCAUGCCUGCCAUGUCGGUCAGCGAGAGCCUGUACAACGCGUCACAUGGCUACGAACUCAUGAUGCAGGUGGACUGCGAGGUGAUGAACACGCGCACCGUCCCCAUCAAGUCGUCGUCCGUGCCCCCGUCGCGGCGGGACCCGCCGCCGACGUCCCCGCCGCACGCUGCCGCCUCCAACCACUCGGCCCUGCGAGGGCGCCACCAGCAUCAACCGCCGCGUCCCCGAGCCGAAUACCUCCUCAGUCAGUCCGAGGGCGUCUGAAGCAAGCAAGCGGAGGACGCUUGGUUUCCCCCCCAUGAAAGCAUGCUGAUGGGUUUUUUUUUCUACUUGUAUUUAAUGUUUGUACAUAGUGAUAUGUAAAUAUUUAUUUUAUUUUUAUUUUUAAUUUUUUUUAUGCAUUUGGGUCUUUGGCGAGAAAAGUGUCAAAAGUUGUUUUCGUGUUUGUUUUUGACGUCCUAAAAGGCCUUGUCCGCUCGUCACUUCCGGUUUACUCGUUCGGUCGAAUUAAAGCUUGAGCGCCCUCUA